AUGGAUAGAACCAAACCAAUUUCGACCCUUGUUGAAGAAAAAUUGAAGUUGGUUAGAGAUGGGACUGGUGACUUUGUUGAUGCUACAUAUUUUAGAAAAUUGGUAGGGAGUCUAAGGUACUUGACUUCUACAAGGCAUGAUAUUACUUAUGGAAUUGGAUUAAUUAGCAGAUUUAUGGAAACUCCACUUGCAAGUUACAGUGAUUGGGCUGGUGAUACGAUACAAAGAAAAAGUACUUGUAGCUAUGCAUUUUAUUUGGGUUAUAGUAUAUUUUCUUGGUCUUCCAAAAAGCAACAAGUUGUUGCUUUAUCAACAGCUGAAGCUGAGUACAUGGCUGCAACAAAUGGUGCUACACAAGCAUUGUGA